AUUGUGAUGACCCCGUCGAAGAAGGGAAGUGCGACACAUAUAAAAAUAGAAAGAAAGAAGAAGUUAAAUUUAGAUGAUUCGGCCGUGGUUCACGAAGGAUCAGGGCAGAAUCGUGGUUUAGUCAUCAACAAACAGGCCUCAGCUGAUGCUGAUGACCUGUCAAAACCUCAGUUACAACUUGGUUUCAUGUGUUUCCUUGUCGACCAAAAAACAGGCAAACAUUUUGUGGAAAGUCGAAGACUAAAAUUUUGGUAUCGAGAAGGUGUGGACUAUUAUAACCAAGUUACGACGGCAUACGAUUUCUUUAAAGAACUUGUUAAACCUGAUAACUUCCCUAAAGAUUAUGUGGGGUUUAUUAAGAAAUGUAUGAAACAGAUGCAAGGAGAUAAAUAUUCUCAAGCUGUCAAAGUUGAUUUAGAAAUACAACAACUUGAUGAUAAAGAUGCCCCCCAAAGUCCAGGUUUCAGAAGAGAAGAUCUCCGGCCUCAAACUGAAAUCUGUCGUGAGAAGUUAUUGCAUAUUUUAGAAUCUGCGUAUCCUAACGUGCUCGCUGUGGAAGAUCUUGUCAGAAUUACUGCUUUUGAUGAAACUAUAGUAACAGCACAGCUAGAUGAGUUGAAACAUAAAGAAUUAGUUCGUACUCUAGAGAAUGGAGGAGUUGUUCGACAAGUCUUGGAUGAAAAGACUGGAAAAACAGUUGUUAAGAAUAUGCCCAUGAUGUCAUCUAGUGAUCAACCAACUAUAGCUAUAAUAACAGCUCUGUAUUGUGAGAAAUUAGCUAUCGACUCUAUGAUGGAAAAUAAAACAACUUAUGUUAAAUAUAAAACAGAAGGAGAAUCUAAUGUAUAUACUAUAGGAUAUAUAGGAGAACAUAAAAUAGUCUCCACUAAAUUACCAGCUAUCGGUCAUUUCCGAGCUGCACAGAUAUCUUCUGGUAACUCUACUACUAGGUUAUUAGGUGGAUUCCAGAAUAUUGAGCAUGUUUUUAUCUGUGGAGUAGCAGGCGGGGUUCCGCAUUAUACCAAUUAUUUCAAACAUGUCCGCCUUGGUGACGUCCUCCUGUCUCGUCAAGAUGAGAAGGGCUAUAUCUAUUACUAUUGCGAUAAAAUCUUACGAAAUAAAGAAAACGAUGUCCAUUAUAAUAUGAAAACUUGGGCGCCGAGAGAUUUAGAAUUACAGAAAAUUGCCGAGAAGAUCGAAGACUUACAGAAGUCGAAUCCAAGCUUGGCAUCAUGGGAAAGAUAUAUGUUAGAGGGCGAACAGAUACUUCAAGGUCAAGAGAAUAAUUUCGAGCGACCGCCAGACAACACGGAUAGAUUGUAUAUGGAUCUUGGAGACGACCAGGUCAUUGAAGUUCAACAUCCUAGUCCACCAGAGGGCACUAUUGUACGAGAAGGGUUACCACGGUUACAUUUUGGAGUAUUUGGAUCUGGAAGUCGAGUUGUUAAGUCGGAUUCCAUGCGAUUAGAUUUCGCCAGUAAAUAUAAUAUAAGUGCGUUUGAUUCGGAAUUCGAUCAGGUUUUGGAAUCUAUUGUCGGAAAUAGAAAAGACAGUUUUAUGUUCGUUCGAGGUAUUGCUGAUUAUUCCGACGGCACCAAAAAUAAGAAAUGGCAGUCGUACGCCGCCCUGGCAGCCGCAGCCGUAACCAAGACAAUUAUUAAAUCAAUUGGAAAACGAAAGAUUGAUGUUUAA